AUUAACGAUGACAAUUUGAGUAAUUUUUAUCAAAUAUCCAUAUAAAUUAAAACUAAGUUUUUAAGAAAAAUUAUUUUUUACUGAAUAAAUCUGAACUAUCAAAAGAUUUUUUAGCAUCUAUGUAUUUUAGUAAAAUGUCAUUUUUCUUAUUAAUUGUUGCUUUAAAUAAAUUAUUUUAUACGUAUUAUUUAUUAUAGUAUGUCAUUAAAAUGUUCUAUAUGUUUUUAAGACACUUAAUGAGUGCGAAAUAAAUUUUAUUAAGACUAAAAUGAACGAAUACUACGGUGAUACUGAUCCUGAAUUGAGUUAUGAUUCCGAUUAUGAUCCUAUGGAAGUUGAUUCUGAUGUACUGAAUGAUGAAGAAGUGUAUAUGAAUUCUGAAUCUGAAGGUGAUGAAAGUGACAUUUAUUCAGGAAAUACCAAUGAUAGUACAUCAAGGGAUUCUAAUAUACAUUCUUUGCCUGUAGAUUUAGAUAAUAGUUCAAAUUCGUCUGAUUCUCAAGUAUCUUCCAAUGGAUCAUCAUCUGUAGAACAAAAUGUAGAUUCCCUUCCUACGGAACAAAUUACAAAUCCUAGUGUCAUAGUUCCUAUGACAAUAUCUUCAUCAAAAAAUGUUGAAAACAGUGAAGAGAAUGCUGAUAAUGUUUCAAGUAAUUUUAACAUGGGAGAAGAAGAUGCAUUUUCUUGUCCUAUAUGUUUAGAAGGAUUAACUAAUACAGGAGGUCAUAAACCUGCCUGUUUAAAAUGUGGACAUAUUUUUGGAGAAAAUUGCUUGCAACGAUGGAUAAAAACAGGUUGCAACAAUGAUGCUAGAAGAUGUCCAACUUGUAAUACAAAAGCCUCUCUUAAAGACAUCAGAAUUCUAUAUGCUAAGAAGCUUGUAGCUAUUGAUACAUCUGAAUUAACUGCUCUUGAAAUUAAACUCGAAAAAGAAAUUCGUGAAAAAAAUUUAAUGAAACAAGAAGUUGAGAAAUGGAAGAUUAGGAGUGAAAGUUUGAGUAAUGAUUUGCAAAAACUUAGAGAAACUGUUGAAAAGUCUGGUCAUUCUGGUCAAGGAUAUUCAUCUAGUGGAGUAACAUCUAUAAGACAAUGCCUUAAGAAAAUUAUCAUGUGUAAAGAUGCUGGAGGUUGUAGGGUCUUAGCAUUUGAUAAAAAAAGCAUGUUAUUGGCAGUUACUCAACAAUGUGAAACACCUUUGUUUAAUAAUGCUCAUGGAAUUAGAAAAGUUAAUGCAUCCAUAUUUGAGCUAUCUAAAGAAUGUGUUUAUGCCCAUAAAAAAACUAUACGCGAUAUGGCAUUUCAUCCUGUUGAUAACAAUUUAAUAGCAUCUGCCAGUUUAGAUAAAUGUGUAAAGUUGACUGAUUUCAAUUCCAAUGGAGUUAUUGCAUCCGUUGAAACACCAGAGCCAUUAUGGUCAUGCUGUUGGGCUGGAGAUAAUAGUAAUAUAUUAGUAGCAGGUAGCCAAAUGGGUUCUUUAUUCUACAUAGAUCGUAGGUUUAUGAAAUUAGUAGAAUCUGACAUCAAAAGAGCACCAGCAUGUGUUUCAUUAGUUCCAUUACCACCUUCAAACAACAGAAAAUUUAUUUGUGGUGGAUUUCUUAGAUCUAGGAUGGAUCUGUUAUCUAUAUUUGAACAAGAUACAAAUGCUAUUAUUUAUAAAGAAACUGCUUUAUCUUUAAAAGGUCUAUGGAGUAGUACUACUUAUGAUGAUACAUCUAAUCUACUUUUGACUUCUGCUAAACCAUGUGGAGCUAAUAAAUCAGUAAGACAUAUUGUUUCAAAAAUAGCCAGUUUUGAUGAACAGAUGGAAAUUCAACCAGUUGUUACAUUUUAUGGUGGUGACAAAGCUACUCAAAUAUCCCGAUCAUGUAUAAUACCUCAAAGCCGAUCAGAUGAAGAUACACUAGUGUGUGCUUAUGACGAAAAAUCAAAUCAUAUAAAAUUAUAUAGUGUCAAUUCAGGAAAAAACAUUCAUAAUUUUCAAGUUCGAGACACAUUUUUAGACUUAUGCCACUUAAGUGGAGUAGUCAUUAAUGAAAGACGAAUUUUAGCAGCAUUAUCUGAAAAAUCAUUGAGUAUUUUUUCAGUAUAAAGUUUAUUUUAAAUUAUAUUUGUAGUUAAAUACUAAUUUUUAAAUACAUUUUAUUCCAUAAUUAUAUAAGUUAAAUAAUAAUAUUUCUCCCUUGUAAAUAUUUUGUGUUCACUGUAUUAUACAUGUUAAUAAGUUAAGUGAUGCCAAUCUGACAAUAUAUUUUUAAAAUUUGUUGAUGUA